AUGGCCAGUGUGGAGGAAUCUACUAUACUGGGGCGAGCGGGUGCACAGAUGGAUGGAUAUGCCUUUGCCAGCAACAAUACUAUUCGCAAUGCCUUCCCCCAGAUCUCGCCAAUUCAAACCCCUCAGGAUGGAAUCAACCAAGUUGCCAAUGUCCUGGCGCAGGAGGUACGAGCGGAUCGAGUAGCGCUUCAAAUUCCAGUUCAAGCGGCUCUGGGAGCUCAAGUUCUGGUGGCUCUCCUUCUGAUUGUGUCUCUCCAGGAGGGGGAGGGUCCUCUGGCGGCAGCGGAAGUACCGGAGGCGGUGGAAGUACCGGAGGCGGUGGAAGUACCGGAGGCGGCACAGGAGGCGGUAGCGGCACUGGUGGAAGUGGUGGAACUGGAGGUAGUGGGGGUGCAUCGACUGCAACAGCAGGGCUUCCUGACCCAAGUGGUACUGGCAGUACUGUGA